CCUUCCUUUCCUUCCCUUCCUUGUGACCAACGUAUGCGAGUGAGCCAGAUAUAUUUUACCUUUGCUGACGUUCCUCCUCCUCUCCCCCAAAUACUUGAUCACUCUCCUUCCUUCUUAGUAGCUUUCUAAUCUAAUCUAAUCUAAUUUACAGCAGUAAUAUACAUCAGUAAGUGAGUGAGUGAGUGAAGGAGAGAUGUGGAUAGAAAUUAUAGUUUCCAGUCUAGUGAUAUACCGAUUGGUCCGCCGUUUCUUCUACGAUGAUGAACAACAAGACCAACACAUUGAUUUUGGCUCCUCCUCCAGUUCCAACGCUCUUUUCUCCGUCGCCGAUAGGCUUAAAUCUCUGUAUGGGGGCAAAGCUUAUGUUGGGCUUCGUAUUCCUGACCCUGAUACUUCUUCCCUGCAGAAUAUUGAUUUGGUCCUCGUCACCAAAGGGGAGGCAGUGGUUGUGUCUGUAAUAAACGCAUCUGGAAUUGUAAACAUUGAGGGGGAUGGAACGUGGGUUUGCUCAGGUGGUUCUAAGCACAAAACUGAGCGUCUUCAGGAUCCGAUAGCAGAGGCCAAAAGACAAGUUGCAGUUCUUGAAUCUUAUCUUGAACAAAGGGGUGUUGCUCUACCAGAUGGAUAUAUAUCCUACAAGAUCGUAUGUCCCAAUGAAAAAUUUCGCACUGUUCAUCCAGACUACUUCAAACCAGAGGUUGUAACAUAUGAGCAAUGGGCAGAAUUAAAACCAGAGAAAAAAGGCUUAUUUGGCUGGAUUAAAGGUGCUUUACAUAUCGAUAAGAAUGAAAUGGGGUCAAUCCAGCAGAGUCUUAGUUUCACCCUCAGCACUGCUCCAAUGUGGGAUAGGUUGGAGCUGAAAAAUAACAAGCGUCUAUUAGGAGAAUUUUUAGAAUUCAAAGGGAAGCAAGAUGACGUUGUAUCUUUAAGAAACAUCAAGAGAUCAAAAGUUAGCCGUAUGAUUAUUCAGAGCACAAGCAUGUUUGGUCUAGCUCAUUCAAAGCUUCAAGUUCUAUAUGCACCACGAGAUUACCGGAGUGAAGGGGCUUCAGUUUCAGAGUUGGAUGAGGUCACUGUUAGAUCGAGUACAGAGGUACUGUUUCAGCUUAAAGAUACUGAUAAAGUUCAGAAAAUUAAACUGUCGUCAAUCAUAUCCAUGUCACUUAGCCCUUAAUCUUUCUGUGGUCGUUGUAUGAUCAACUAUAACUGAAGUAAGAUAUGUUGGUCAUGCAUGUUAUGGUAAUGCAUGAUGCGCAUAGAAAAUAUUGAGACUUUUGGGGUUAUAUACUUAUUUUGGUCCAUCCGUUUUGUAUGUAUUGAUGUAACUUAAUUAAACCGAAAAUAUGUAAUAAAAAUAAAAUAAUAAUACUUGAAAAAUAAGGAGAUAUAAAUUAAAUAACUAGUACCACCACUAUGUGACCACAUGGGUCCACAAGAUGAAGAUUGUAAAGUCACAUGUUCAAACUUCGCUAAAAGCAAAGUGAAAAAAAAUAUAUUUUGUGCU